AUGUUCAUCAAGGAGCAUCAUAGCAAGUGCUCGGCCGAGGAAAAGCUGCCGCUGGCGUUUACCUUUUCGUAUCCUGUUUUGCAAAAGUCCAUCAAAGAGGGCAUUCUCCAGCGAUGGACCAAGGACUAUAGUUGCCCGGGGGCGGAGGGCAAUGAUAUCGUCGCGCAGCUGGCGGCGUCAAUGGACAAAAAGCAAGUACCCGUCGAAGUCGUAGCGCUAGUCAACGACACCACAGGAACCCUGAUCGCAACCGCAUACCGCGACCCCCAGGUUUGCAUUGGCAGCAUCUUCAGCACAGGCUGCAACUCAGCCUACAUGGAAGCAUGCAGCGCAAUCCCCAAGAUCAAACACGCAGGACUACCCCCAGAUAGCAGGGUCGUAAUCAACACCGAAUGUGGCGCAUUCGACAACUCCCGCAAGGUCCUGCGGCGCACGCGCUUCGACAAGGACAUCGACGCGUGUUCCCCGCGGCAGGGCCAGCAACUGUACGAAAAGAUGGUAGCAGGCCGGUACCUCGGCGAAAUCAUCCGUCGAGUCCUCCUAGAACUCCACAACAACAACGGCCUCUUCAGAGACCAAGACGCCUCGGAGCUCAACACGCCUCACAUCCUAGAAGCAUCGUUCCUCUCCUCCGUAGAAGAAGACAACUCACACCUGCGCGAGGGUGUCUACAGCCUCCUCAAAGAACGCCUGGGCGUCGAAUCCACAGUCCCCGAACGCCGAAUCACCCGCUUCCUCGUGGAAAUCGUCGGGACACGCGCCGCCCGUCUAUACGCCUGCGGGAUCGCGGCGAUCUGUAAGAAACGGGAUAUUAAGACCGGCGUGGUGGGCGUUGACGGAUCCACGUUUAACUAUUACACGCGGUUUCGGCUGAGAGUCGCGCAGGCGAUGCGGGAUAUCAUUGGCCGGAUGAUAUUAAGGAUCCGAUAA